GAGGGCGUGCUGCGGAGGAACGGCUGUUGGUUUCUGGUGGAUUCAGGUCCUCGGCUGGUCGGGACUCCGGUGUUCUGCUUCUCUCCGCUGAGCUGCUGCCUGGUGAAGAGGAAGCCAUGGCACUCCGAGUCACCAGGAACUCGAAAAUUAAUGCUGAAAAUACGACGAAGAUCAGUAUGGCAGGCGCAAAGCGUGUGCCUAUGGCCCCUGCUGCAACCUCGAAGCCCGGACUGAGGCCAAGAACAGCUCUUGGGGACAUUGGUAACAAAGUCAGUGAACAGCUACAGGCCAAAAUGCCUAUGAAAAAGGAAGGAAAACCUUCAGCUACUGGAAAAGUUAUUGCUAAAAAACUACCAAAACCUCUGGAAAAGGUACCUGUGCUGGUGCCAGUGCCGGUGUCCCAGCCAGUGCCAGAGCCAGAACCUGAGCCUGUUAAAGAAGAAAAACUUUCACCUGAGCCUAUUUUGGUUGACACUCCCUCUCUAAGCCCAAUGGAAACAUCUGGAUGUGCCCCUGCAGAAGACCUGUGUCAGGCUUUCUCUGAUGUAAUUCUUGCAGUAAAUGAUGUGGAUGCAGAAGAUGGAGUGGAUCCAAACCUUUGUAGUGAAUAUGUGAAAGAUAUUUAUGCUUAUCUGAGACGACUUGAGGAAGAGCAAGCAGUCAGACCGAAAUACCUACUGGGUCGGGAAGUCACCGGAAACAUGAGAGCCAUCCUAAUUGACUGGCUAGUACAGGUCCAAAUGAAAUUCAGAUUGUUGCAGGAGACCGUGUACAUGACUGUCUCCAUUAUUGAUCGGUUCAUGCAGAAUAAUUGUGUGCCCAAGAAGAUGCUGCAGCUAGUUGGUGUCACUGCCAUGUUUAUUGCCAGCAAAUAUGAAGAAAUGUACCCUCCAGAAAUUGGGGACUUUGCUUUUGUGACUGACAACACUUACACUAAGCACCAAAUCAGACAGACGGAAAUGAAGAUUCUAAGAGCUUUAAACUUUGGUCUGGGUCGGCCUCUACCUUUGCACUUCCUUCGGAGAGCAUCUAAGAUUGGAGAGGCUGAUGUUGACCAACAUACUUUGGCCAAAUACCUGAUGGAACUAACUAUGUUGGACUAUGAUAUGGUGCACUUUCCUCCUUCUCAAAUUGCAGCAGGAGCUUUUUGCUUAGCACUGAAAAUUCUGGAUAAUGGUGAAUGGACACCAACUCUACAGCAUUACCUAUCAUAUACUGAAGAAUCCCUUCUUCCAGUUAUGCAGCACCUGGCUAAGAAUAUAGUCGUGGUAAAUCAAGGGCUUACAAAGCACAUGACUAUCAAGAACAAGUAUGCUACGUCGAAACAUGCUAAGAUCAGCACUCUAGCACAGCUGAAUUCUUCACUAGUUCAAGAUUUAGCCAAGGCUGUGGCAAAGGUGUAACUUGUAAACUUGAGUUGGAGUACUAUAUUUACAAAUAAAAUUGGCACCAUGUGCCAUCUGUACAUA